AUACCAUUAAUUUGAAAAUACCAAAAUGCGUGAUGUCAUCGGGCCGCGACAAACUAUACGUUGAAAUCGCAUGCAAAGCCAUUGUAAACACUACCUGAAAUGUCGCUUUUACUAACAUGUUUGGAUAUGUUACGUUCACCGGCUUCUUCCAGGAUGAUGCUGCCUGUCUGCCGGUUCAUUCGAGGUUUUUCUCGGAGUCUUUCAGCACCGUCUGGGCCCGGUGUGGUUCUCAGCUGCAGCCGAAAAAGAGCCCUGAAGUCCGGGCAUCUCCUCUUCUGUCAGCCGGAGUUACCUGCAGACAUCAGAUCCAGAGAAUUCUCCUCUUCACUGAGGGUCAGAAGUGACGCAAUUGGAAAGAUCGAAUCAAAACAUUACCAGCUCGUUUACACAUGCAAGGUUUGCUCUACCAGGUCCACAAAGAGGAUAUCGAAGCUGGCCUAUCACAAAGGAGUUGUGAUCGUGACGUGUCCGGGGUGUGAGAACCAUCACAUCAUCGCUGACAACCUGCGCUGGUUCUCCGACCUGGAAGGGAAGAGGAACAUCGAGGAAAUCCUUGCUGCCAAAGGAGAGACUGUGAGGAGGGUGGAUGGGAGUUCUGCUUUUGAAAUCGUGGUGGAUGAAUCUGGGAAAGAAAGGUCACAAUGUGAAGACAACACAGAAAAAUCAGACCCAGAAAAACAACAAUGAUACCUUUAGUAUGUGUAUUGUGAGAUGUUUUAUAUUUUAUUCUAUAAUAAAAAAGCUGUUUCAAUCAA